AUGGAUUAUAUUCAACUCGAAGACCAAAUCAUAAAUGAAUGCUUUGUUGAACGACUCCAGUAUGAAUGGAACAAGGUAUACGAAUUUUACUUAAUCAAGAAAAGCGAAAUACAGAAACGUAUAGACUAUUGUCAUCAGCAUUUGACGAUGAACAAUGGAUCAUACAGUUCUUUGGAGUCUAUUUUGUUUGAUAUACAUCAUCUUUAUCACUUCAACAGACUUAAUUACUGUGGUUUUAUUCAUUUAUUUAUGCUACAUGAUCAGCAUUCUGGACCGCCAAUACAUGAUACGCUGAAGCGCCACUCAUAUUUUCAGCGUAACUACUUUUGGGAAGAAGCAAACAACGCGCUCUAUAUGCUAGCUUUUGAAAUGAACCGAAUCUGCCUAUUUCAUCAAAGUUCUACCUUAAAUGCUUACCUCGACCACAUCAUUCAGUACCAAUCGAUGACAAAAGAAAGCGACAAUCGUCAGCCUAGUAUUGAUAAAUAUUGGAUGCAUCCUGAUCAUGUGUUGGAAUUUGUCUUGUUGCUCUCAAGCAAAAUGACUCUUGUAGAAGACCACUCUUUUUAUCCUGUAGCAAAGACUCAAGUAGGAAAAGUACCGAAACGCCAAGCUUUUACUGGCACUUUAUCAACUGUUUAUUUGGAUACGCCUGAAUUUAAUGAUUAUCAUACUCUAUUAGACUACAUAAAUACGCAAUUAAGCACCGCAGCAAUGAGUCAAAUAAUAAGCUGUAUGGAAAACUCGACUCAUACAAUAUUGGAGCAAAAAGUCUUUGGCAAUCCAAAUCAAGAGUGGAUUGAACAAAGAGCUUGGAUAAAAUCAAAACAUAUUCAGCCUUGGCUUCGAACUCAGUACUCUCUAGAUAGCUUAUUAGAAAAAGCUUCAUGUCAAUACCAAAAAGAUGGACAUUUUAUCACAAAUGAGUCUCAGAAGCAUAAAAUAAAGCAAGCAUAUCUACAUCUUGAACUAGAAUCAAGAUCAAAAAAGCCAGUCCUUUAUGUCACACAAAGACGUAUUGUUUAUACCUCUCAAGAUUGUUCCAUGUUUGUAACGAUUGAUACAGACAUCAACAUGAUGCAUAGUCAAGGAAAAGAAGAUUUAUUAUAUUACAAAAGCCCUUUAUCACCAGAUCAAACCAUUCAGUUUCCUUAUUGUGUUAUUCAAGUACAUAAUCAGCGACAGAGCAACUGGCUUUCUGAUGUGCUGAUGCAAUGCACGGGCAGCCAUAUGCUUUACCCUGUACCUGGCUUUGAAGUCUUCUUACACGGAAUUAGUGUCUUAUAUCCUGAACAAGUGAAACAAAAACCUGGUUGGUUUUUUGAUCCACCGCCUCAGUUGUAUCAUCCCAAUGAAUGUGGAAAGAUAUUAUUGGGAAGACCUUCAUUGAAUGUGCCAAAUAUAAACAGUCCAAGGUCUUCGCAUAGCAGUAACAGUAGCAGUAACAGUAGCAGUGGUAGUAGUACAAAGUGUCAUGAUCAGACGUUCAGUACAAUUUCUACCGUUGUUACUUGUUUUGAUGACGAUGAUGAAAAGCAACAAGAAAUGAAUACACCUUCAGCUAGUAGUACUUCGAAAACAGAGCUUUAUGCGAUCCUUUGA